UAAAUCUGCAAUCUCUGGUACAGCAGAGAUCAUAAACUGUUAGUUAGUUGAGCGUGGGAAACAUCACGAGAUACACCUGGGACACCUGUGUAUUUCAGAACAGUUUACAUUCGGUUACUCGUUAUUUAUUAAAAAAAACAAAAAAAAAACAUUUCUGUCUACAUAGAUAGGUCUUUCAUAAGCACUUAAUAUUGUUUACCAAAGAAAUGGUGAUGGAGAAGCCAAGUCCCCUGCUUGUAGGGCGGGAGUUUGUGAGGCAGUAUUACACACUCUUAAACAAAGCGCCCGAUUUUCUGCACAGGUUUUAUGGAAGGAGUUCUUCCUAUGUUCAUGGAGGACUUGACCCAAGUGGGAAGCUGGCAGAAGCGGUGUACGGGCAAGCGGAAAUCCACAAGAAGGUCAUGUCCCUGCAGUUCAGUGAAUGCCACACAAAGAUCAGGCAUGUGGAUGCUCAUGCCACACUGAGUGAUGGAGUGGUGGUGCAAGUCCUCGGAGAACUGUCCAACAACGGCCAGCCCAUGAGGAAGUUUAUGCAGACUUUUGUGCUUGCUCCUGAGGGUUCAGUGGCAAACAAGUUCUACGUCCACAAUGACAUCUUCCGCUACGAGGACGAGGUUUUUGGAGACUCUGAAGCUGAGCUUGAUGAGGAAUCUGAGGAGGAAGUUGAAGAAGAGGCAGAGGAGAGGCAGCCGUCCCCUGAGCCACUUCAGGAAAGCCCCAACAGCACCACCUACUAUGAAUCUCACCCAGUCACUAAUGGAGUAGAGGAGCCCAUGGAGGAACCAGCUCCUGAACCAGAGCCGGAGCUUGAACCAGAGCCAAAAGCAGAGGAGACAAAACCUGAAGCAGAGGAGAAGGUUCUGGAAGAGAUGGAGGAGAAGGCACCUUCACCUGUCCCUGCAGAGUCUCCCCCAAACACUCAGGAGCCUGCCAAGACUUUCUCCUGGGCUUCAGUAACUAGUAAAAACUUGCCUCCUACCGGCACAGUCACCUCUUCUGGAAUCUCCCCCCAUGUUGUUAAAGCUCCGAGCUCACAGCCAAGAACUGAAGCCAAACCGGAGUCACAGACCGCACCUUCGAGACCCAGAGACCAGCGCACACGUGACAGACCGGCCUUUACUCAGCGUGGUCCCAGACCUGAUGGUGUUGCAUCUUCAGAGUCACAAACUGGAAAACCACACUUGAGUUUUGUAAACAAAGGUGGACGGGCAGACACUGAAUCUGGUGACAUGGACAGCAGGCGGAUUGUGCGGUACCCGGACAGCCACCAGCUCUUUGUCGGAAACCUUCCACAUGACAUUGACGAGAGCGAGCUCAAAGAAUUCUUCAUGACAUAUGGAAAUGUGGUGGAGCUGCGGAUCAACACCAAGGGUGUUGGUGGAAAGCUGCCCAACUUUGGAUUUGUUGUCUUUGACGACUCUGACCCUGUGCAAAGAAUCCUGGGGGCCAAGGUAGACGGGCCCAUCAUGUUUCGAGGCGAGGUGCGUCUGAAUGUGGAGGAGAAGAAGACACGGGCGGUGCGUGAGCGAGAGACCAGGGGUGGAGGAGACGAACGCCGGGACAUGCGACGCAACGACCGGGGCCCUGGAAGUUCCCGUGGCAUUGUGGGAAGUGGAAUGAUGCGGGAACGCGAUGGGAGGGGACCACCACCUCGAGGCGGCAUGGCUCCAAAACCUGGCAUGGGCUCUGGAAGAGGCUCCGGUGGCCAGGGAGAAGGUCGCUUCACCACCCAGCGCCGCUGAGAAGAGCACCACCUGCAGCUUGGAAGUAGUACCGUGUUCUUCAUCUUCAACCGUUCUCGUUAACGAAAAGAAAUCUUCAUGUAUAAACGUAUAUAUUUGUUUUUUUGUUUAAUUUUGAUUUUUUUGUUCCCUCUUUGCUUUGGAAUGUGACACAGCCUGUCAACCAUUUGUUUGUGAAAUAGACAAACAGAAAUAAGCAAACAGAAAAUUUCGCUUAUUACUUGUGAGCUGAGCGUCCUUUUUCAGGUAACUCAAGAAUUCACAAACUUUAAUUUGUAAAUUUGUGAAAAAAGGCAAACCAACCAGGAGUAAUCUGCCACAUUAGGAGGGACUGAUGAGACUUUUAAGUACGACAAUACAGCCCAUCAUUUGGAAAAGAGAUUAUAUGCCUUGACUUAACUGGGGCGCUGCUUCACGAGAUCCCUCUAUUGCACAUUUUAUAUGGUAGUUUUCUGCCCGUUACUGUUGGAAAAGAGUGAGAUGCAAAAUUUGUGCAGUUCCAGGGGAAAGGCUUGCCUUUUACUUUUUUCCUUUUGAGAGACCACUGCUUCAAAAUUGCAUAAUGCACUCAUCAAUAUGCACUAAUGGGUACUUUUUUGUCGUAUUACAUUGACAUCAAUGCUCGGAAUGCAGCUGGAGAGACCCGUUUUGUCUCGGAGCGAUACGACUUACCGGAGCAGGCUUACAGCCUGUCUGCUGUGACCAAUGUACUUUUCACACUUUUGACCCAAAACUACGCUUCAAUUACUGCUGGAUGGACAAGAUGACAAGCAAAUCUAUUUUUCCUCAUUUAUAAAUCAAAUAAAUAAGAAAAGAGCUCAAAUCUUGGACUUUCACAAAAUGCGCGGGGGGACUAAGGAUAAACAAGAAACAAAGCUGAACAAUAGAAGAGUGGUGGUAUUGAUGGCUGCUCGCUUUUUUUUUCUUCUUUUAAUUCCAAGUACGUUUUUUUUUCUUCAUGUUUUUCCUUGCAAGCUAAAAGCAAAACUGGGAUGGACGACCCCUCCCUCCCUCUUUCCACCCUCCCUGUCUGAAGCGCAAAGUUCCAGAAUAAAUGUACAGCAAAAUCAUAGUUUACUGUAUGUUUUGUUUUCUGUGCAUCUUUUCAUUUCUCUCUCUUGACUUGAUAAGAGCAUGAUGGUGCCUUCUUUUUCACCUUUUCCAGUCUUACUAAAGUGGUUCGGGGCUUUGCCGCCUCACAAUACGGAGCUGCUCAUUUUGAACUUCUGGGAGCAGACACACAAAAAAGAAAUUGCAGUAUUCACAAGAUUUAAUUUUUACAGGUGCAUAUUUCUUUUUUGCCCAUACUGUUUUACUACCUAAGAUGUUCUGUUGUGAGUUUUGUACAUUUUGUUUUGUAUUGUCUGUUCUGGGUUUUGUAGAGACAAUUGGUGCCUCAAGUUCUGUUUGAUGUUAAGUGGUUAAAGAGGUGCAUCUGAAGAACUUCUCCCCCAACCAAUGAAAAAAGGUACAUUAAAGAUGGUGACAGAGAAAUGCUUGGUCUUUGGUUUACAUGUCAUAGCUCCAACAAAAACGGUGAAUCACUUUGAUUCAGAAAGUGGUCAUCCUUACUUUCAGUCUGACUAUUUUUUUUAAUUGUUUUUUUAAAACUCAUGGCAGCAGGCGGGAUAAAUCCCUGAACACAGAAGUUGUCAGACUUUUUUUCCACAACAGUUUUGUAAUGAUCUGUGGAGAGUGGGCUGGCCGUAAUUCCAGCCUAAAGACAAGCAAAUAAUUGUGCUCAUACUUUUCUAGCCGUUUCUGCAUUUUUAUGUUCAUAUGCUGGUUAUGCAUUGUGCUUAUGUUAUUCACUCUUGUUUCCAUUCAAGGCGAGCCUAAUCUGAAUGCCAUGGUAGUUGUCUACGUAUUGCCCUCUCGUGUGUUUCGUCUUUGUACCACUCUGUAGGAAAAGGAAAACCCAAGCACGAGACAUUUUAUUUUUUAUUUGUUUGUAACCUUGCACUGAAAUGGGAGAUGAAAAUCGAUGUAGCAUUUUUCUGGACAAAUAUACUGAAUGAGGUCUUCCUUGUCUGGUGGUAUUGCACUAUUCCCAACAUUUCUGGGACAAUCUGUCAGUUUGAACACAGCCUCUCUCCAAAUUCCUCAUCAGGCAAAGAAAAUAGAAAAUAGGGAUGAACUAGCCUUUGCUCUCUUGCAAACCAGAUUUGAUGCAUAUUUUAUGUAGUUUUUCCACAUUAUUGCUGGGCUAUUCUCCCUUUUAUAGUUGAGGUUCAACAUUUCCUGAUGUGGGAUUAGUUUUCAAUACAGAGACUCUUAAUUUGUUACCAUCAGUCUUUGACAGAAUAUAACAGAAAACAAUUGAAAAGCUCUUUGGUCUAGUGUUUUUUUAUCAGACAUCUCUUACUAGGUGCCUCUACCCCAAUUGUUUAUUUGUCAGGUAAUUGCUUAACAUGGGCACUUGAAUGCAACCUUCUUUUUGGAGCAAUGGUCACUGUAAAGAGUGGUGAAGAAGAGCCAUCAUGCUUUCAGACCAAUCUGUGCUUUUACAUGGUUGUGAUGGUUUAAAAAAAAAAUCACGUCUGAGCAUAUACAUUUAAAGGUUGGAUAGUUAUUUUUCAUAAAGGUUUAAGAAAACCACGCCCCUUAUCCAAACAUGAAAAGGAUCCUGAAAACAUUCUCAAGAAGCUGUACCUGUACUUUCCUGUGGUUGAAAAUGCAGUAGAGUGGAUCCUCAUUGUGAAUCAUUCCAGUCCUUUGUUUUUUCAAAUGGAAAUAGAAGUACCUUCUUGGCUUUAGUAGGUGUGGUAAACAGUUGGCUGCCAUCCUAAUUUUCCUGUGUUUACCCUUUACUUGUUGCUAGUACAAAAGUGUUGCAGGUGGAGAAUCGUUUUUUUUUCUUCUUUUGUUCUUUUUUCCUUUCUAUUUUGAAUGUGUUGGACUUAACAUACAAUAAACUACUGAUAUCAGCACCACUCACA